CUUCAAAUGAAGAGAGAAAACCAAGGAACCGUUUAAACUAUAUGGAUGAGCUUCCUUUUCGAAUCAAUUAAGCUAGGAAAUGACAUGUGAAGUUCUUGGGGCUACUGCUUGUCGUUUUCCGCGUAUAUGAAAUUCGCAGCUGGAUAUUGUUAACCUCGGUGAACGAGAUGGGAAUUAGAUCGUCCUUACCGAUGGGAAUAAGACCAUUCUCAUGCGCCCAUUCACGGACUCCAUGGCCUGCAUGAUCCGAUCCCCAGUGCUUCCUCUCCUCUGGUUUGCUCAGGUGUAGCUUCUUGGUCGUUCCAUUGGCUGCGAUGAAGGUGAAGAAGACAUAGCGGUGCUUUCCGGUCUUUGGCGGUGGAGCAGGAGGUUUGUAUUUGAUGAUGUCCUUGAGGUGAUGUUUGGAUUUGGACUCUGAUGAGAAUUUCAGUUUAGAGCUGGCUGCGAUCCAGUGGCAGAAUUCGGACCAUUUGGGGUCAUCGCGGGAUGGCGCGUCGGGAUCGGUGAGGACGAUGACAUACGACAUGUGUUUGGAGAGUUGGGCACCGGCGAGAGCGUCAGAUUCGACCCUGUCAAGAUGGAUUACAGGCGCCUUUUUAAGAUGAUCGGGUUUGAGGGUAUUGCCCAGCGCGGCAGAGUCGUGCUUCCAUUUGACACGAAGGCUAAGAGCAGGCGGGAAGUCAUCAAUAACGGUGGGAAUGAUCUGAGCCUCGAGCAGUCUAUGCGGGUUAGCAGACGUCCUCAAUUGCGGUGAAGCUGACAGUACUUCUCGCGGAUGUGAUCCAGAUCUGUGUUAUGGGAGCCAAGCACUUGCUGCCCAUCACCCGCGACAACGCCGACAUACGCAGCCAGCAGAAGAGGGAGCCGCCACAACAUUGCGACGAGCAUCUUGAUACUUUGACUGAUUGAUUGAUGAAAUGGAUUGAUGAAGUCAGAGAGAGAAUCAAUUGAAGUGAAGAAUAAGAGAAUGUUUGGCGUUGAUGGUCCUUCCCCGCAAUCGACGUUGGGUUUCUCAGGCGACACAUCGUGAUGUAACGGCUACCUACCUCUGACGUGAGUGGAAAGUCUGAUGGCCUAUUUUCAAUGGCCCCAACGCUCCAGCAAACUUUAAUGGCAAUAUGAAAAUUAAUCGAGGCUAUCUGACUCAGAGUAAGAUCAUUGGAAAUAGCUGAUUAGACCAAAGGACAGCCAGCACCAGUCCACCAGAAUAGAACAUGUUAUACGUACAAUCAUCGAAAACGAAAUAGCUAUACUAAGUUUCUCGUUAUCACUCCAGAGCUUCUAUACACUACUAUAAUGAAUGUUGGGUAAUUGCAUUGGGGAAUGCUCUUAACAUGCAAUAUUCAGGGUAUAUAUACACAAAAGGAAAUAUUUUUAAUCACAGAAAUGGAUGCAAAACACGCUUGAGUUUCACAUCUGUGAGCCGAGAUAUCGCAAACACUUAUUUUUAACAACAACAACAACAACAACAACACUAACAACCAUUGAAAAUGCAUCUUGACCACAAGAUUCCAUGGCAUUUGAUUGCUCCCCAUUUCUCACUUACGCCAGCUGAUCAAGGGGCAAACUACAACCUGGCUGCGUUAGAUAUCCCCGAGCAGAAAGCGGUGAUCGGCCACUUUAACCGCGUCUUCUUGGCAACUAUCCGGGAAUUCUCAGAUACCGAGUCCACGAAGACAGACUCAACACAAAUCAGUGGAAAGCUCUUUUCCGACGAUGUCCUCUACUUCGCUGAGCGCCACUUCGGUCUCGGUCCCCAUGAGGAUAACUCGGCACUGCACAACCCGCUGAACUCAUCGCAUCAGGAUCUUGGAUACUGGAAACGCCGAGCAAAGGAUCUAGAUAGUGAUGUUGAGCCAUGCUACAGCACCGCUGAUGCCAACCUGGCCGACGCGGCAAAGAUGCUGGUCAUUGUAGCUGCUACCGCCGAUGACAAAACCACUCGUCGGGAGGCUUUAUCCGCGCUUGUCCGUCUGUCCAUCGAGGUUCCAAUAUCAGACCUGCGAGGUCUUCAUUGGGGUCACGCCUUCGGACUCGACCUUGUUGCUAGCGUGGCGUUGCAAAUGUACAUCUUCCUAAACCUCAUUGAAGCUGUCGAAUCUCGGGCAGCAGAACGGGUGCCGUUACUAUCUGUUGAACAGCUGCUGUCAUUUCUGAGCAACCACGCCCUUGAGAACUAUGACUUCCCUGCACAGAAUAUUCCGCACCGAGCUUUUUGGCAUUCUCUUGGGGUUACUGAGCCAUGGGUUGCCGGUUGGCGUAAGGGUACUCUUGAAGGGGACAAGGCGGUAAUUGAUCCGUUGGCAGGUGGGUCGGAUGAAGUUCAACACAAGGCGAGGAAGAGUUUGAAGAAAUACUUGAAGGACUGUUUUGCGAUUUUGUAUGCCUAUGAUGUGGUUUUGAGAAAUGCAGUAGGGUCUGAAAAGGCGGAUGAGUAUUGGCAGGACGAGCUUAAUUGGGUAUUCGAGUUGCUAUAAAGUCAACAAUUCAGAGCAGGCGUUCAAACAGCUAUCAUCCAGUGA